AAUGUAUAGUACUUUCUUGGUAGGUAAAUCUACACAUAAGGAUGUAAAAGACAGCACUAAUUGGCUGUUCAAGGCAUACUAUGGAAACCGGAUAUUUAUGGGUUAUUGUUGUAUAGCCUGUGAGGUUCUUUACCUAACCUUAUUUCUUCUUGCUAAGAACCAGACUGAAAGUAUGACCAAUGUUUUAAUGGAUGCUGCAAAACAAAGUUUAGUUUAUUCUACUCUACUAGCUUUACUUCUGUUUGGAUGGGCAAUCAAGCAAAUUGUCAACAUUAUACAGAUGAAGACAGCUGCUGAUGCAUGUGUGCUGUAUGACAUCAACAAAAAGCGGAAGCAGUAAUGUGCUGAUUGCAAAGCUCCCUGCUCCAACGUGUUUAAGAGAAAUGCUUCAUAUAUUCUAACUUCCUAGUCCCUUUAACUCUCGACUGUUUAAUGAUAGAAAAAUGUUUGAUGAGCAUCGGAGUCUUAAAUCAUGUAUUGAAUGAUGGCUGUAGUUUGGAUACCUACUUCCGCAUACAACCGGAACUGUUAGCUCUUCAGGGUCUCCUUGUUAUCUUUAGUUGAUUGUUCUGU